AUGGAAUUGUUAUCAAAGCAUGGUGUGAUUGUCGCAGAGUGGUGGUGGGUGGGCGCAUGCGUGGGCGGUGCAGUGUUAUUGUGCGCCGCGGGUGCGCUGGCGCGCCCGCACCUGCGACGUCGAAACGCCAACGCUGCCGACGCCAACCCCCCGGUGCACCGUCACCCGCCCGUUCUCCCCGCUACGCGACUGCGAACACCGCGGCGCAGCGCGGCCGCGUCCGCGUCAUUGAACAACAAGACUCGCUCGAUGGCAGGCGUCUUCCUGCCAAUA